UUGAGAACCGGGACUAGGCACAGGGUCUCAGCCCCUCGCUAGCCAGAGGCCCUGGAGAGGAGCAAAGGGGUCGGGUGGGGUCCAACCCGGGGCUCCUGUUUCACCCCCCGGGCAGACACGGGGCCCUCUAACUUCUUUCCUCUCCUUCAACGCGCACCAGCCGGGUGGUGCACUCUAGCCUAGCACACCCGCGCGCAGCAAGGGCGCGCCCGGCCCCAGGUCCGGCCAAAGGCGAUGAGUGCAGGGGGUCGGCCAGCUGGGCUUGGGCGGGAGUAGGGUCCUGCGGGGAGGCAGGGAGGCUCAAAGGUUAGAGCUCCGCCUGCGCGGCGGGCAGAGGUCUUCUUCGCUCCACGCACACCUGCUGCUGUGGCCGCGCCACGAUGAGCCGCGUGGUCUCACUGCUGCUGGGAGCCGCGCUGCUCUGCGGCCACGGAGUUUUCUGCCGCCGGGUGGUCAGCGGCCAAAAGGUGUGUUUUGCUGACCUCAAGCAUCCCUGCUACAAAAUGGCCUACUUUCAUGAACUGUCCAGCCGAGUGAGCUUCCAGGAGGCACGCCUGGCUUGUGAGAGUGAGGGGGGAGCCCUUCUCAGCCUGGAGAAUGAAGCAGAACAGAAGCUAAUAGAAAGUAUGUUGCAAAACCUGACAAAACCAGGAACGGGGAUUUCUGAUGGUGAUUUCUGGAUAGGGCUUUGGCGAAACGGAGAGGGGCAAAUACCUGGUGCUUGCCCAGACCUCUACCAGUGGUCUGAUGGAAGCAGUUCCCAGUACCGAAACUGGUAUACCGAUGAACCUUCCUGUGGAAGUGAAAAGUGUGUGGUGAUGUAUCAUCAGCCAACGGCCAACCCAGGCCUUGGGGGUCCCUACCUUUACCAGUGGAAUGAUGACAGGUGCAACAUGAAGCACAAUUACAUCUGCAAGUACGAACCAGAGAUUAACCCAACUUCUCCUGUAGAAAAGACUUAUUUUACAAAUCAACCAGGAGACACCCCUCAAAAUGUGGUUGUUACUGAAGCAGGCAUAAUUCCCAAUCUAAUUUAUGUUGUUAUACCAACAAUCCCACUGCUUUUAUUGAUACUGGUCGCUUUUGGAACCUGCUGUUUCCAGAUGCUGCAUAAAAGGAAAGCAAGGAGAAACUUCACCAAAGACUCAACUCCAUUAUCAUCUGAGUGCCUUGCAGAAAGUUUAAAUUCCAAUCUGUAAAGGAAGAACAAAAACUAGCCCAACCCAGUCCACACUGUGGAUUUCAAAAAGCACCAGAAAAGAAAGCGGAAUGGAAGUAUAAUAAUUCACUGACUUGGCUCCAAAACAGAAAAUAAGAUUUUCUAAUCCUGGAUCUACAUCAGGAAUGGCAUCAGAACACUAGCUUGGAAUGGCUUGAAAUCUCAAAGGAUCUGCAAGAUGAACUGUAAGCUCCCCCUUGAGGCAAAUAUUAAAAUAAUUUUUAUAUGUCUAUUAUUUCAUUUACAAAAUAUGCUGUGCUAAUAAUGGAGUGAGACAUGCUUAUUUCACUAAAGGAUGCACCCAGACUUUAAGUAAAUGGAAUGGACUGUGCAGAUAAAAUUGCUGUUAACACAUCAGAGAAGUAUAUGUAUUGGAAGCAGUUAUUUUUGUUUCUGUCACUUUUCAUAAGUCAUAAUCUAGUUAAUGUAAUGUAAAUUGUACUAAAAUUUACAGUGUGCAAAAGUAUUUUACCUUUACAUAAGUGUUUGAUAAAAAUGGACUGUUCUAGUAUUUAUUUUUAUGGUGUUUCAUUUUUCAAUACAUGUUGUUUUGAUUAAAGAAAUGUAUCACUGUUUUCAACUGAAUCCACACACACAUAGGUCUAUUACCAUAGAAGAAGUUUCUUUUAUAGAAAUGGUUCAUCUUCUUUCAGUUUCUCUGCUCUGGGGUCAGACAAUGUUUAGGAAAUCUCUUCAGAAAUAAGAAGCUUUUUCAUUAACCGUGGUGUAAAUUUACUCAAAUAUUUUAUGUAGAGGCAAGAAUUGUCUAAUUUCAAUUGUGCAAGACAAAUAACUGUGCCUUACAGUUAUUUUUAGUUUAAAGUUCAACGAAUUUUGUAAUAAUAAAUUUGUUAAUAGCUGUAUCAACAAUAUUACAGUCUAGAACAGUCUAGAACAAAACAAAAGUGGCAUACACAAUAUAAAUCAUAUGUCUUCACAUGUUGCCUAUAUAACCACAAGUAGCUCUCUGAGGGUUCUGGAAUCAAUUUAGUCCCUCCGUUGCCCACAAAACAAAGAUGGUUGUUUGGGGGUGGGGAUUAACACCAGAAGCAGAUGGCUGCAAAGGAGGCCUAAGGUUUUCCCCUAGCUCUGUUCAGCCACUAUCAGCAGGUAAAGUGGUCUCACGGUUGGGACCAGGUGCAUGGUCACUAUCAGUGUGGAGGUAAGCACAGCAUAAGGAUAUUUUACCAAGGAGAGAAAUUAUGAAUUACUGUAAACAUGGGCUGGAGGGCAUCAGUGAUCAUGUGUUCCUGUUGAGGAUUUGCCUGAGAGAGUGAACUGCGGCUCUUCUUGUCUUAUCUUCUCUAGUUUCUUCAACUCUUGGGGCUCCUUCUCAAGAGACUUGUAACUAUCUGGUCUUCAAAUGUCCCUGUGUUCCUUUUAACUAAAUAAAAAGUUCUUGUUUCU